UCCAACGUCAAGCAAACUUUCUGCCAGUUGGUUACGCUGGGACACAAGUCACGAAGUUACGUGUUUCCGCAAAGGGAGGUUCUUCUUAGCACUUUAAUUUACAGGCAACCGAAGAAAAGAUCGCAGAAAAACAGCAACGUCGUUUAUCUGAAGUGAAUCCAAACAGAGAGUCUUUUGAGCACCGUGUAAAUUAAACAUGGAGACGGGCGAGACUACAGCAUAUGGAGCUUCCUUAGCCGGCGGAUCUUUCGACUUUUACAAAUUUAUCAAACAGCCACUAACUAUCUUACGACUUAUCAGCUGGGUGUUUGCCAUUGUGGUUUUUGCUACCAUUACAGCAGAGGGAUAUGUAAAUGCUAAAGAUUCAUCACAGGUGGUCUGCAUAUUCAACCACAACGACGGGGCCUGCAAUUAUGGAGUGGGCGUCGGGAUCAUAGCCUUUUUCUCCAGUACCGCCUUCCUCUUUGCUGAUGCGUACCUUCCCCUGAUGAGCAGCGCACAGGAGAGGAAGCAUCUCGUGAUGGUUGACCUUGGGUUCUCAGGGUUCUGGACAUUCCUGUGGUUUGUGUGUUUUUGCCUCUUGGCUAAUCAGUGGGCGAACACCACUGACAGACAGGGCAUCCCUGUUGAUGCAGCUCAAGCCAUCAUUGUCUUCUCCUUCUUCUCUUUUGUGGCAUGGGUUGUGAUAACCUAUUUGGUCCUGAUGAGAUUUCGUCAAGGCAUAAGAGAUAUCGGUCAGGGCUUUUCUGAAUCUGCUCCAGAUCAAACUUCCCCUUACCAGGCAUCAACGUUCCCUCAUGAUCCCUCACCAUACCCGCCUACUACUUACCCAUCAGACCACUACCAACAGCCCCCCUUCAUGGGUAAACCCGAGCCGAUUGGCAACAAUACCUACCAGCCACCAAACUACUGAGAAGAACAAGGGCCCUUCACGAGAGAAAGCGAAAAGGGGAUGAUUAAAUGGCCUGAUCAUGUGACAUGCAGCAUGGAAGGAGCCUGUAAGAACAGCCAAUGAGAGCUCUUGUGUAUUGAUGGGUUUAGGCAUUCCUUGAAGUUGACUGGUUCUCCCAGUCACCAUGAAGUUAUUCUUUGUGCUUGCUUUCAGUGAUGCACAGCCUUUCUGUGUUUUGAAAUUGUGUGUAUGUUUGUGUUGCCCAGAGUUGAUUAUCAUUGAUUGCACAAAUGGUGCCUAAAUAUAAUGCAAGCCAUUGUGAAACUGCUGAAGACAGAGUCGGCUGUUACUGCGCUUAAGUUUAGACCACCCUGUAAUGCGUUAAUGUAAUGACCUUUAUUUCUGCAGUGGCACAUUUUCACACUGUAAUUUGCACCGUGACCCUGAACAAUAUGGCACAUACAGUUAAAAUAGCAUACUUGCACUUAACUGUGGUUUGCAGUCAGCUGACCAGGUCAGGCAUAAUUCCUUAGGAAUUCACAUUUUGUUGCUCUUCUUGCUGCCAAAAUACCGCCAUAGCCUGCACUGUUAAAAAUGCAGCUCUAUCUUCAUUCAUGUGUGCCAUUGGAGAUUUAGUUUUUGUCCUGCAAUUUGUACGAGACUACUGAUAAUGAUUUUUUUUAAAACAUAAAAGCCACCAUUUUUGAACUGUAAGUGCCUUGAGUCCAGUCUGGUGUAUUUACUGUAAAACCACUGCAUUUACAGAGCAUGUAACGUUACUCAUCCACCUAAUCUAACAACUUGAUCCUCAAGAAGUAUUGCACUUGGAAAACAUUUUCCAUAUAUUAAUAAUUUGCGUUACAGGCCUUAAUCUUAAAAAAUGCAAUAGCCAAAUCGACCAUGCCAAAGUUAUAGAUUCCAAUUGUUUUGUUUGUUGUUUUUUACAUUUGUUACAGCAAACAAUGCAGCACCAUUCUUUUGACUGUUGACUCUCUAAGUAGUUUUUUUUAUCAUUAUUAUUGUUGUUGUUGUUGUUGUUUCAAAGCUUUUCAAAUCUGUUUCAGGUGAUUUCCCCCCCUGGGUAUUGUAGUGUACACUUUAACCUUACCAAUAAUCAUUUCACCCUAAUUUCACUUUAGUUGAGCAUGUGCCUAAUGAAUUGCACUACUUGAUUUGAUUUAUUUCUUUCUGGGAUCUGGGUAAUUCUUAAAUCAUUGGCCAUAUUUUGUUAAUCAGAUUUCCUAUUGUAACUUUAAUUUUUAAACACUGGUUUUGGUUCAAAAUGUUUAAUAGGAUAUUGGAUAUCCUUUGCUUGGAUGUGAAGCACACCCACAAAAUUAAUCAAAAGGAAAUAUACAUCUAGCAGGGAACAAAAAAAUAAAGAUUUUUUUUAUUGA